AUGGUGUGUCAACUCCAGGAUGGCGUGAUGGCGCGAGUCACGGAGGACGGAGCUGUAUCAAAAGUAUUUGCAAUGACCAACGAAGUGGAAUAUGGCUGCUUCCUGGCGCCUAACCUCCUCAGCCUCAUGCUCUCUGUCAUCCUGAUGGACGCCUACCGUGAUAAACACCCUGGGAUCUGCAUCAUUUACAGGACCGAUGGCCACCUCCUCGAUCGGCGCGGAUGCACUUCUAGCGGCGUGUAUCCAACAACAUCGUCCACGAACUUCUCUUCACCGACGACUGCGCCAUUAACGCCAUAUCGGAAGUAGACAUGUAAAGGAGCAUAAAUCUUUUCGCCGCCGCCUACGAGAACUUCGGCCUGACAAGUAACACGGAGAAGACGGUGGUUAUGCGUCAACCGCCACCCGACGCUGCCUAUGUCGCACCCCAUAUCAGCGUGAACGAGAGCCAACUGCAAGUGGUGGACAAUUUCAUGCAUCUGGGCAGCACCAUCUCCCGCAGCACCAAAAUCGACAACGAAGUGGCCCUCCGGGUUUCCCGGGCAAGUCAGGCCUUCGGCCGUCUGCGGAACACUGGCUGGAAUCCUCGCGGUCUUUAA